AGGCGGCUCUGGGCCGUGCGGCUGGGCCGGCAGCGCUUUCCGUGCGAGGUGAAAUCCCCGCUCGGCCUCGGCGUUUGUGGCGCUGUCGGAACGCGGGCAGGGCGCGCUGCGGGCCCUCUGACCGGGCACUGCCGGAGGAGGGAAAGGCGGGGAAGGCUGCUGAGGGCAAUGCUCUCGGCUCUGAAGGAAAGGGGUAGCUAGAACGGAAAUAUAUGAGAUACGGAGGAUUUGAGAUGUGCACUGAGGUCUUUACGCUUUUUUAGUUGCUAUCGUCGAAGUGUGCUUUUCUCAUAGAAAUGAGCCUUAGGCCAGUGUGCGUUGAGGUUUCACGCCGGCCUCGGAGCCCGGCCUGGCUGCUGCAGGGGCUCGGGAGCGGUGAGGGUGCGGGGCAGUGGGUGCCCGCUAGCGCCCGGUGCUGGCCCCGGUGCCAGCUGGGCUCGGCCCUCACCCUGCCGCGGCACAGGUGUGCUGCUGGCUCCCGCAGUGUGCGCUUUCUGCUGCGCUGUGAGCCAUGGCCGCCCGUAAGGAAAACAGCUCGCACAGUUAGAGGAUGGUUUGUGUUGAAAAGGACCGGACCCUAAAGAUCAACCAGUUCCAGUCCCCCUGUGUGAAGAAUGAUUUGCUGCGGACUAAACUCAAAUUUUUUGACUCACGUUGCUUAGGGCUGCAACAAACAACAAAUACUGUAGAGGAGCCACUUGAUCUCAUCAGACUCAGUCUAGAUGAGCGAAUCUAUGUCAAAAUGAGGAAUGACAGAGAGCUUAGAGGCAGAUUACAUGCAUAUGACCAGCACUUAAAUAUGAUUUUGGGUGAUGUGGAAGAAACUGUGACUACAAUAGAGAUUGAUGAAGAAACCUAUGAAGAGAUUUAUAAAUCUACCAAAAGGAAUAUUCCAAUGCUCUUUGUCAGAGGGGAUGGCGUUGUGCUUGUAGCUCCCCCCUUGAGGGUUGGUUGAAGCAACAAAGGACUUAACCUUCUUGGAAAGUUCCAGACUUUUGGACAGUGGUUCAUGUUUCAAUCAUGUCUCAAAAUUCUGUAUAUGUUUUUUAUAGGAUAUUUUUGUCAGUUCUUUUGAAAAGGGGAGGGAAGGGGAACCAGUUUGUCCUGCAGAAAGUACAUAUAGUCAGUCGAAGCAGUGUAAAACCCAACCUGAUCUCUGAAUUAAUGUAAACUGCUGUAAAUUGGCUGCCUUGUCACAUUCAGUAAAAUAAUCCUUAACUUUUCUAUCUUGGCAGUAGCACUGUCUUAUUUUUGUUUUAAAUAAACUUUGGUUUGUCUUUGAGA